GGGCUAAAAAGAAAAGACGAGGAGGAAGAACAAGGAAGCAGCAUUAUAUAUCUAAGCAUUCUCUGCUCUUUUGAGAAACUCUCGCAGCCUCUUUAACCACAGGGUUAUUAGUUUUCGCAAAGUGAUUGGAUGAGUUUGGAUGUGGAAGUGAAGCCAAGAGGAGGUUCACUCUUGUUAUCAUCAUCAUCAUCAUCAUCAUCAUCAUCAUCAUCGUUGUUUUCAUUGUUGCCGUCAUGGCACAACAACAAUCUUCCCGACUCAAUCGUCUCCUUACUUUGUUGGACACUGGUUCAACACAAGCUACUCGGCUAACUGCAGCCAAACAGAUCGGUCAUAUUGCCAAGUCUCAUCCUCAGGACUUGAGCUCUCUCCUGAGAAAGGUUUUGCAUCACCUCCGUAGUAAAAAGUGGGAUACGAGGGUUGCUGCUGCUCAUGCCAUUGGUGCCAUUGUUCUGAAUGUCAAACAUACUUCAUUGAGUGAAAUGUUAAAUUCUUUAGCAACGAAGUUGGGUGAGGCCGGGAUGUCUGAUAAUGUAGAUGAAGUGGUGGCUUUGCGCAAUCUUCAGUCCAAAAUUCUAGCAAAUGCGCCCUUCAGAAGCUUUGAGAUGAAUAAGGUUUUAGAGUUUGGCGCUUUGUUGGCAUCUGGUGGACAGGAGUACGAUAUUUUGAAUGACAAUUCCAAGAAUCCAAGGGAUCGAGUGGCUCGUCAGAAAAAGAAUCUCCGGCGACGUCUAGGUUUGGACAUGUGUGAGCAGUUUAUGGAUGUCAAUGAAAUGAUUGGAGAUGAGGAUCUUAUUGAGCAGAAGUCCAGUGUUCCUGCGAAUGGGGUUGGAAACAGAUUAUAUGCAAACUAUUCUCCACAUCAUAUUCAACAAUACGUUUCAAGAAUGGUUCCCCGUGUCAAUUCUAGGAGGCCAAGCGCAAGGGAAUUGAAUUUACUGAAACGAAAAGCAAAAAUAAGCUCAAAAGAUCAAGCUAAAGGUAGCUGCGAAGUAGCAGAUGUUGAGAUGACAUCGUCUUAUGUUGCCUCAACCUCAAAAGGAAUUUUGUCCGACUCAAUGGAGUCUAANCUAUAUUUGUAUCUACUCAUUCUUUGUGAAUUUGACUCUGUAUAUUGUUUGGACAUGUGUGAGCAGUUUAUGGAUGUCAAUGAAAUGAUUGGAGAUGAGGAUCUUAUUGAGCAGAAGUCCAGUGUUCCUGCGAAUGGGGUUGGAAACAGAUUAUAUGCAAACUAUUCUCCACAUCAUAUUCAACAAUACGUUUCAAGAAUGGUUCCCCGUGUCAAUUCUAGGAGGCCAAGCGCAAGGGAAUUGAAUUUACUGAAACGAAAAGCAAAAAUAAGCUCAAAAGAUCAAGCUAAAGGUAGCUGCGAAGUAGCAGAUGUUGAGAUGCCAUCGUCUCAUGUUGCCUCAACCUCAAAAGGAAUUUUGUCCGACUCAAUGGAGUCUAACAAGGCAGACAUUGGGAAUGAGGAUGAUAUUGAGCCUGAUGGAGAUGGAAAAUGGCCUUUCCACAGUUUUGUUGAGCAACUUAUUCUUGACAUGUUUGACCCGGCAUGGGAGAUCCGCCAUGGAAGUGUAAUGGCUUUAAGAGAAAUAUUAAUGCUUCAUGGUGGUUCUGCUGGAGUGUCAACAACAGAGUUUAGCUCAGAUGAUGGGUUUGAGUUGAAAGAAGUCUUGAAUAAAGUAACACGAGAAAGAGAAAUCGACUUGAAUAUGGAGGUUUCAGAAAAUGAGCUUGAGCCAGUUCGAAAAAGACCUAAGAUUGAGGAUCCAUCAAAAUCAUUUAUUGAUAACAAUGUUUUGGAAGUUAUUGAGGGUGACUACGAUAUUAAUUUUAAAGAUGAAGAUGCUGAGUUCUUAAUACCACCAGUGAAGGUCAAUGGUCAAACUGACUCCAGUUCUAUGAAAGUGGAACCUCAAUCUUCUUUUGAUGGCUCGCCAUCUCACACUGAAAUAAACAAUGUGGCAGAGGUUAACAAUCAUCUUGAAGAUAAGAGUUUUAUUGAGGAACCGGUAAUACUUAAGCAUCAGGAAGAAAAUCUCGAAAUGUUGGAAGAAAAUCUCGAAGUGUUGAAUUUGGUUAAACAAGCUAGGCAUUCUUGGAUAAAAAAUUUUGAAUUUCUCCAGGAUUGCACCAUUCGUUUCUUAUGUGUGCUUUCACUUGAUCGAUUUGGGGAUUACAUUUCUGAUCAGGUAGUUGCUCCUGUGCGGGAAGCUUGUGCCCAAGCACUUGGUGCUACUUUUAAAUACAUGAGUCCCUCGUUGAUUUAUGAGACAUUAAAUAUUUUGCUUCAGAUGCAGCGCCGGCCUGAAUGGGAAAUUCGUCAUGGAAGUCUUUUGGGCAUCAAGUACUUGGUUGCUGUGAGACAGGAAAUGCUCCAAGAUUUGCUUGGCUGUAUUCUUCCUGCGUGUAAAGCAGGGUUAGAGGAUUCUGACGAUGAUGUGCGAGCAGUUGCCGCUGAUGCUCUUAUACCGGCAGCAGCUGCUAUUGUCUCUUUGAGAGGACAGACAUUACUUUCCAUCGUCAUGCUACUGUGGGAUAUUUUGCUUGAAUUGGAUGACUUAAGUCCAUCAACCAGCAGUGUUAUGAACCUCCUGGCAGAAAUCUAUUCCCAAGAUGACAUGAUCCUGGUGAUGCACAAGGAAUUAUCAGUAGGGGAGGAACAAAAUAUUGACCUCAAUGGAAUGGGUCAUGUCGAGAGUUUUGGAGAAAGAAGAGAUGUCAAGGAAAGCCCUUACGCAUUAUCAGCUUUAGCCCCUAGGUUGUGGCCAUUUACAAGGCACGACAUCACAUCGGUUCGAUUUUCCGCUAUUCGAACUCUGGAACGACUUCUUGAAGCUGGAUGCAGAAAGAACAUUUCUGAGCAGUCUAAAAGUUCUUUUUGGCCAGCUUCUGUUUUAGGGGACACCCUGAGGAUCGUCUUUCAAAAUCUUUUGCUUGAAUCAACUGAGGAGAUUCUGGAGUGUUCGGAGAGAGUGUGGAGACUAUUGGUUCAGUGCCCAGUGGAUGAUUUAGAAGAUGCUGCAAUAUCAUACAUGGCUUCGUGGAUAGAACUUGCAGCUACUCCUUAUGGCUCCACAUUGGAUGCUACAAAAAUGUUUUGGCCAGUAGCUCUCCCUCGUAAGAGUCAUUUCAAAGCUGCUGCUAAGAUGAAAGCUGUUAAACUUGAGAAUGAAGCUUCCAGCAUUCUGGGUUUUGAUUAUGCAAGAAGCUCUCCUUCCCUUGAAAAACAUGAAGAUGCUUCUGCCAAGUCCACGAAAAUUAUCGUCGGCUCAGAUAUGGAGAUGUCAGUGACCCGCACCCGGGUAGUUACAGCAUCUGCAUUAGGUAUCUUUGCAUCCCGAUUGAGAGAGGGUUCAGUGCAGUUUGUGGUAGAUCCACUGAGUAGUACUCUUACUUCUUUGUCUGGUGUUCAGCGCCAGGUUGCGUCCAUUGUGCUUAUCUCUUGGUUCAGAGAAACUAAAUGCAAGGUCCCUUCUGAUGGAAGUGGAAGUUUGCCUGAGUUUCCUAGUCCUCUUAAAAAAUGGCUCCUAGAUUUGUUAGCUUGCUCAGAUCCUGCUUUCCCCACUAAAGACAAACUUCUUCCUUAUGCUGAGCUCUCAAGAACAUACACUAAAAUGAGGAAUGAAGCUUCUCAGUUGUUACAUACAGUUGAAACCUGCCAUUGUUUUGAUAAGUUAUUAUCAACGAAUAAACUCAAUGUGGAGAGCGUGAGUGCAGAUGAGACAAUUGAGUUUGCAUCAGCACUAGCUUUGUGGAACAAAGAAAGUGCUGGAAAUGAAUCCUUCGAAAAACAAGUUUUUGAAGUUGUGGAGUCAUCUAGGCAACAGCUAUUAAAUACUGCUGGUUAUUUAAAGUGUGUCCAGAGUAAUCUACAUAUUACUGUCACCUCCCUGAUCGCUGCUGCAGUUGUUUGGAUGUCAGAAUUUCCUGCUAGACUUAAUCCAAUAAUCUUGCCGCUGAUGGCUUCAAUAAAAAGAGAGCAGGAACAAAUACUACAGCAAAUAGCUGCAGAGGCUCUUGCAGAGCUCAUUGCUUACUGCGUAGAUCGGAAGCCAAGCCCCAAUGACAAGUUACUCAAGAAUAUAUGUAGCUUGACGUGCAUGGAUCCUUGCGAAACACCUCAAGCUAGCAUUAUUAGCUCUAUGGAUAUUGUUGAUGAUAUGGAUUUUCUGUCCUCGCGGAGCAACGCAGGAAAACAAAAGGCAAAAGUCGUGUUGGCUGUUAGCGAAGAUAGGUCUAAAGUUGAGGGUUUUAUCACAAGGAGAGGAUCUGAACUUGCGUUGAAGCAUUUAAGCUUGAAAUUUGGUGGUUCCUUGUUUGAAAAACUCCCAAAAUUGUGGGAGUGCCUCACUGAGGUUCUUGUUCCUGGAAUUCCUGCAGAUAAACAGAAUAUUGACCUCAAAAUAGAAUCUAUUUCAGAUCCACAGGUCCUGAUAAACAACAUCCAGGUAUACCAAGUGAAAGCCGUNGAUGUGGAGAGCGUGAGUGCUGAUGAGACAAUUGAGUUUGCAUCAGCACUAGCUUUGUGGAACAAAGAAAGUGCUGGAAAUGAAUCCUUCGAAAAGCAAGUUUUUGAAGUUGUGGAGUCAUCUAGGCAACAGCUAUUAAAUACUGCUGGUUAUUUAAAGUGUGUCCAGAGUAAUCUACAUAUUACUGUCACCUCCCUGAUUGCUGCUGCAGUUGUUUGGAUGUAUCAACAAGAAGGAAUCAAUUGGUUAGGAUUUCUGAAACGUUUUAAGCUCCAUGGAAUUCUCUGUGAUGAUAUGGGGCUUGGUAAGACGCUUCAAGCAUCUGCAAUUGUGGCAUCUGAUGCAGCAGAGCGUCGCGGUUCAACAGAUGAACCAGAUGUUUUUCCAUCUAUAAUUGUUUGCCCAUCAACAUUAGUUGGCCAUUGGGAAUUUGAAAUUGAGAAGUAUAUCGACCUUUCCCUGCUGAGCGUGUUGCAGUAUGUUGGCUCUGCUCAAGACCGCGUUUCUCUCCCAGUAAAACAAUUGAAGGCCCAGCACCGGCUUAUCCUCAGUGGAACACCAAUACAGAAUAAUAUCAUGGAGCUGUGGUCCCUUUUUGACUUCUUGAUGCCUGGAUUUCUUGGGACAGAGAGACAGUUUCAAGCAUCUUAUGGAAAACCGUUGCUGGCAGCUAGAGAUCCUAAAUGCUCUGCUAAGGAUGCUGAAGCGGGUGUAUUAGCAAUGGAAGCACUCCAUAAGCAGGUUAUGCCAUUCUUACUCCGACGUACGAAAGAAGAAGUCCUCUCUGAUUUGCCAGAAAAAAUAAUUCAGGACAGAUACUGUGACCUUAGUCCUGUCCAGUUGAAGCUUUAUGAGCAAUUUUCUGGUUCAAGUGCUAAGCAAGAAAUAUCUAGUAUCAUAAAAGUUGAUGGGUCAGCAGAUUCCGGAAAUGCUGAUGUUGCGCCAACAAAAUCAUCCACACACGUUUUCCAGGCACUGCAGUACCUGCUUAAACUCUGCAGUCAUCCGCUUCUUGUUCUUGGCGAUAAGGUUACAGAGCCGCUGGCUUCUGAUUUGUCAGCAAUGAUAAAUGGAUGUUCGGACAUAAUCACUGAGCUUCAUAAAGUACAACACUCUCCAAAGCUUGUUGCUCUUCAGGAAAUUUUAGAAGAAUGUGGAAUAGGUUCUGAUGCUUCUAGUUCAGAUGGCACUCUUAGUGUAGGCCAGCACAGAGUUCUGAUAUUUGCACAGCACAAAGCUUUGCUGGAUAUCAUUGAAAAAGACUUGUUUCAAGCCCACAUGAAAAGUGUCACAUAUAUGCGACUAGAUGGUUCAGUUGUACCGGAGAAGAGGUUUGAGAUUGUGAAGGCCUUUAAUUCAGAUCCUACAAUUGAUGUUCUGCUCCUGACAACACAUGUUGGCGGGCUUGGGUUGAAUCUGACCUCUGCUGACACACUUGUAUUUAUGGAGCAUGAUUGGAAUCCAAUGCGUGAUCAUCAGGCGAUGGACAGAGCGCAUAGAUUGGGACAGAAAAGAGUUGUAAAUGUACACCGUCUCAUAAUGCGUGGCACACUUGAAGAGAAAGUGAUGAGUCUCCAAAGAUUUAAAGUGUCGGUUGCCAAUACGGUAAUCAAUGCUGAGAAUGCGAGUAUGAAGACAAUGAACACUGAUCAGUUGCUUGACUUAUUUGCUUCAGCUGAAACUUCGAAAAAGGGUGGUGCAUCUUCAAAGAAGGGAUCAGAGGAUAAUGAUCAGAUUAGUGGAAUUGGAAAAGGACUGAAGGCAAUUCUAGGAAACUUAGAAGAACUGUGGGAUCAAUCACAGUACACAGAAGAGUACAACCUUAGCCAGUUCUUAGUUAAGCUUAACGGAUAAUGGCCAAAAAAUUGAAGAAUUUGUGUACAUAUUUAUUCAGCUCGAUUAAGGAGAACCCAACAGUUUUGACGUUCCAAACACAUAAAAGGUUACAUCCGCUCUCUCUUUUUUUGUCUCCAUUUGUUUUCUGGUCAAUCUUUUUGGAUUCAUAAAGAAGAAAUUAUUUUAAGUUAUAAAAGGAGAAAACGAGAAAAGAGAGAUUGGAGACAUUGAGUCGUUAGUUUUGGCAGUACGACCGGUCUAAUGUUUGUGACCGCCAAAGUAGUUUUUGUAGUGAUUCUGAAUCGUGUAAAUACGCUUUUAACCAGCAGCUUUUCCUCUUCA